CUUACCUUCUGCUUUGAUUUCUCGUUCAAAAGAAAUUCUGCAGAGAGAGAGAGAGAGAGAGAGAGCUCUUUCUUCGCCUCUGUCUGUGAUAAUUGGAAGAUGGUUGGGAGCAGCGAAGGAUCUGGGUCAAACUCAAGCUCUGAAGACAGAGCACCAGCAGUAGUCGAAUCCUUCGGAUGGGUAUAUCACAUGGGCGUGAAUUCAAUAGGCCGUGAAUACUGCCAUCUCCGAUUUCUCUACUUGAAAGGGAAGCACGUAAUGAUGUAUAAGAGAGACCUACAUGAGAAUCCUGGCAUUAAACCCAUCAGGAAAGGCGUUGUGAGCAAUACUCUCAUGGUGGAGGAGCUAGGACGUAGGAAGGUCAAUCAUGGGGAUGUGUUCGUACUGAGAUUUUCCAAUCGGUUGGAUGACACAAAGAAAGGAGAAAUUGCAUGUGCUACGGCUGCAGAAGCACGGAAAUGGGUGGAAGCAUUUGAUCAAGCAAGACAACAGGCUGCUUAUGAUCUUUGGAGAGGAAGUGGCCGAGCCAAAAUAAACACUGAGAAUGAGAUCAAUUUGGAAGGACAUCGUCCGCGGUUGAGGCCAUAUACUGCUGAUGGUUUGAAGAAGCUCGUAAGAAUUGGAAAAGGUCCGGAGAAACUUCUGCGCCAGUCUUCUGAUUUAGGAAGUAAUGCCCGAUCAGUUGAACAUUUGGAAGGGGAUGUUAUAGAUGGCAAUGAAGCACAUGAAUGGAAAUGUAUCCUUACCGUAAAUGGUAUUAGAAUAUUUGAAGAUGUGGCUAGCGCAAAGACUGGCAAAGGGCUCCUUAUGAAAUCCAUUGCUGUCAUUGAUGCAAACUUGGAUAUUGUCUUUGACGUGGUUUGCAACCUUGACAAACAUCAGAGAUAUCAGUGGGAUAUGUUGACAGGUGACUUGGAUUUAAUUGACUCAAUAGAUGGGCACUAUGAUGUUAUCUAUGGGACAUAUGAUCCAAAAUACCUGACUAGGUGGCACUCAAAAAGGGAUUUUGUUUUCUCUAGGCAGUGGUUUCGUGGACAAGAUGGAUCAUACACCAUUUUACAGUUUCCAGUCAUCCACAAGAAGCGGCCUCCAAGAUCUGGCUAUCAGCGGACAGAAAUAAAUCCUUCCACUUGGGAGAUUAGGGGACUAAACCCAUCACCAACUCCAAGUGCUGAUAAAUGCCUUGUGACACAAACGUUGGAGAUACAAUCUAGUGGUUGGCAUAGAUGGAGACAUAAUCAUUACUCAAAGUUUGAGAAGACCAUCCCUUGUGCUUGUUUGUGCCAAGUAGCAGGUCUGAGAGAAUAUUUUGCAGCAAAUCCGACACUCAAAUUUGAUUCUCCUACAACAGUUGUCCAUUCAUCAAUCUCUAGUGUUUCUGGUGCUAGUUGUGAAUUGGAGGAUCCCAAUUCGAAGGAUGAGUUUUAUGAUGCGAUUGCUAGUGAUGCAUCGUUGGAAGAUGAAGAUAGUGAUGAGGAUGUAGAGCUACCCAAGGGUGGACAAAUGAAGCUGAAGAACGUUUCAUGGGCCAUUGCAAGCUUAGCUCUAAAGCAAAGAUCAGCACUUGUUGCAAAUACUGAAUUGGAUGCAAACACAUCUCCUAUUAGUGUUGAUUUGAAUCAGUUUCAUGGUUCUAUGCGCCAAGGGAAAGAUGCAUCUGAUACAAACUGUUGGACUUCACCGGGUGGCCAAGGAUUCAUGAUAAGAGGAAAAACAUACUUAACGGAUUACUCUAAGGUCGUGGGAGGAGAUCCGCUUUUGAAGCUCUUAGCAGUUGAUUGGUUCACAGCUGAUACUAAAAUUGAUAAGGUUGCAUUGUAUCCUAAAUGUCUUGUUCAGUCAGAAGCUGCAAAGAAACUCCCAUUCAUCCUUGUCAUAAAUCUACAGGUUCCAGCAAAACCAAACUACAGUCUGGCUCUCUACUAUGGAGCAAACAGACCCAUAAAUAAAGGAUCUUUAUUAAAAAGAUUUGUGGAUGGGACUGACAUGUUUCGGGAUGCAAGAUUCAAACUUAUUCCAAGUAUCAUAGAGGGAUAUUGGAUGGUUAAGCGUGCAGUUGGAUCCAAAGCUUGCAUUUUAGGAAAAGCAGUGACGUGCAGUUACCUUCGACAAGAUAAUUUUUUGGAGAUAGAUGUGGAUAUUGGAUCUUCAUCCGUUGCAAAGAGUAUCAUAGGUUUAGUCCUUGGAUAUGUCACAAGCAUUGUUGUGGACCUUGCAAUACUGAUUGAGGCAAAGGAGGAGAAGGAGCUGCCCGAAUACAUUCUUGGGACAGUUCGUCUAAACCGUUUGAGGACUGACUGUGCCGUACCAUUUUGAGUUAAAACCAUUUACUUGUUAGCAGAAGCAAGAUAGCCGAGUGGGGCGUCACCAUGUGGCCCGUUGCUACAAGCUAUAAUACAAGAAGUGGAUAACUGGUCCAUGACAUCUUCAGCUCGUAUUCAUGUCGCAUCACGUGGGCCCCAAUCAUGAUAGGACUGUUUUGAUUGGUCCUUGUUGAGUUUCUUUUGGGUUGCAAAUGUGUGAAAUUAGUUUUAGAAUGUUAAAUUUGUAAACUUCUUAGUUGGAGUUGGUUACAAAGUCCUGUUUUCUUUAUAUUCUGUCCACAAGUUAAGAAAGAAAAGUUCCACAAAGUUCGAGAAAGUAUGUUUGCUUAGGAAAGAAGUUAAAGGACUGAAGAUGGAGUUCCCAUUAAAGAAAAAAAAAAAAUCAUGAUAGACAUGCAAGGGCCAGACACCCGCAUCAUUAGCUGUUUUAUUGAAUUAUUUUUAGAUUCUUUUAGCACAAUUGCUGUUUUGCAUGAUGAUAUCAUUCACAGAUCAAUUAUUUCUAGCUGUUCAUCUCCACCUAAACUAUAUUCAUUUCAUUCAAA